CACAACCUCUUUCACAAGAUUCGCCAAUUCUAGACUACUGUUAAAACCAAGCAAAACCCACAAACCCCUUUCACUAGUUUUGCCAAUUCUAAACUGUGAGAAUAUGAUGGAAACCCAGCAACCCUCUGCAAGCGAAAUCGUUCCCACUAUUCAGAACGUGAUCUCUACGGUUAACCUGGGCUGCAAGUUAGAUCUUCAUCAAAUCACUGUGCAGGCUCAAAACGCAGAAUACAAUCCCAAGCGUUUGCAUUCCGUGAUAAUGAGAACGAGAGAGCCAAAGGCCACAGUUUUGAUCUUCGCCUCUGGGAAAAUGGUGUGCACUGGUGCCAAAAGCGAAGCCGAGUCGGAACUGGCAGCUAGGAAGUGUGUACGAACCAUCCUGAAGAUGGGUUUCGACGCCAAGUUUAAUGAUUUCAAGAUCCAGAACAUGGUUGCAAACUGUGAUGUCAGAUUUCCGAUCAGACUUGAAGGUUUGGCUUAUGCAAACCCCCAGUGUACGAGUUAUGAGCCGGAACUUUUUCCAGGCUUGAGGUACCGCAUGAAGGAACCCAAGAUUACUCUUCUUGUAUUCGCGUCGGGGAAACUAGUCAUCACAGGUGCAAAGCGCAGAGAAGACAUCCAUAAGGCCUUUGAGGUCAUAUACCCUGCCCUUGGAGAGUUUAAGAAAGUAUGCUAUAGCAGUAUAGCUAGCUAGAAACUUAGUGAUCCGGAAAAUUUAAGAAUCAAGUAUGCUAGAAACUUAGUGGUAUAUAUCCGGAUUCCGGAAUGCAAUUUCAUUAUUUCAAACUUUGUAAUGACGUUUUUGAAUAUAUAGAUCUCAGAACUUCAUUGAA